GUAGAAGAAGAUAAGCGCAUGCGCCGUGUACAAAACUAGCAUCCACUUUGUUCUCUUAUCCUCCAACAAGCAGAGGUGUUACUAUGUAAAUCGAAUGUAACGCAGUUUCACCGUGUUCCAUUACACAUAUAUUAUAAAUUAUAUCCUUAAUACAUUUUUGUCAGCGAGGCUUGAGUUUGAAGUCAGAGAUGAACUGCUUUGACGAUGACGACAGCUCUUCAUCGAGUGAAGAUGCAGAUUACCUGCCAUCAGAUGAUAACCUGAGUGAGGAUGAUCUUGAUGAGUGUGAAAAGGAAGACCUUUUGGAUGAAAGCGAUGUGCCGCAUCCCGGCAGUUCGACCAGGAAGAGCACCAAGAAAAGGGGAAACAGUAUGAGAAUCCCCAAGAACAGGACGAGGCGAGUAAACAAAGUAGACCAAGAAGAGAAUGGAGGCGCUGCAAACGAGGCUGAGCCCCUACAGGAAGGUGGGCAAGAACGGACCCAAAUACAGAAGACCAAUGAAGAAGGACAGAAGAAGCAAUCGGAUGACCUCUGGGCUCGUUUCCUCUGUGAUGUUGGCUCUAGACCCAACGCAUCCACAUCCGCUGCACCGUCCCACACCCCGUGUGAGGCUGAUUCUUCAACGUCAACAACAACUGAAACCCGGGCAGCAGAUCCAUCUAAAGUCACCAUCAUCAAAGUUUUUGACUUUGCCGGGGAAGAAAUCAGGCUCAAUAAAGAAGUUUUAGCAGACUCCAAAGAAGCAAAGAUGCAUCUAAAGAGCCAGUGCGAAAAAGAGGAGCAGCGAGAUGAAGAAAAUCCCACUUCUCCCACCCAGUCAGGCUGUCCCGGCCCCAGCAGUACGAAGCGGCCAGCGGGGCUGUCCGGUGUGCUGAGUCGUUUUGGGGGAAAGAAACAAAAAUUGAGUACACUGGAGAAGUCAAAGAUGGACUGGGACGCUUUUAAAUCUGAGGAGGGCAUCACCGAGGAGCUGGCAAUCCACAACAGGGGGAGAGAUGGGUAUGUGGAGAGGAAGAACUUCUUGGAACGUGUUGAUCACAGACAGUUUGAGAUGGAGAAAGCAGUGCGUCUAAAAAACAUGAAACCUUCUUCUUAACCACAUGACUGCCAUUUCUUUAGUAAAUUGUCGUUGACAAUAAAGGGCAUAUAAUUCCACCAGAAUUUAGUAUAAAUAUGCAAUUAAUGAAAUAUCCCAUCAGCGAUACCGAGAGCCAUCGGACAAAGCUUCCAUUAUUUGGAAUGAAACCGAAUGUUUCGAGGUUUCUUAUAGUUGGUCACCCGUGUUACAAACAUCUCAGACGGGAUUUUUACACUGGUUGACGGGGACGAAAGCACAGAAACAUCCCAAAACACACAAAAAACAUGCAAGCCACAACGCAAAUGACAAAACAUACAAAUGCUUGGCCAUUCAAAAUUGUUAGCUCUAUCGUACUCAAUAUCAUACAGUAAAAUAUUACAAUUUGAGUCUUUUCAAGAUUAAUAUAUGAAGACCGAGUGUCUUCAGUCAGGAUUUACCCAUCAGUCCUUGACCCAUAUUCAUUUCUUGCUGACUGCUGUGGUGAUGGCAGAGUCUUUCCGCAGGCAACAGCUGGGAC